AUGCAUAAGUCGAAGGCCUCUGCUCUACAAGCCACGCCCAGUGCUCAGUUGCCUGAAGGCAACUGUGCAAUUCAAUUGAUGGAGAAACCUCUCUUUUCUCUGAAAAGCAUUCUUGCUACAUGGCAGAGCUCCAGCCCUUCCUUGGUGAUUGAUAUCAUCUUCGCUAUCUCAUGUGGACUGUUGCUCUUCCUCCUAUUACUCACCUGCUUGGAGAGUGAUCCACCCUUACUACCACCUAGGAAACACAGAAACAUCAGGAAGCAUUCAGUGGAGCCAAGGUGGAGGAGCAGGAAGAAAAGUGGAGCUUUGAAAGCCUGCAGAGAUUGCCUGCAAGAAAUAGAAGAGGCUCGGUGCCUGAUUUCUCUCCUGCAAAGGUGCCUAACACCCCACCUCCGGCCUACCCAUCAGCUCCUGGCUGCAGCUUAUGCCUUCAUAUUCUGCAGCCACCUGGGGAAGUUCUCAGACAAUCAGCAUUCUUGUCAAAACCCUCCUGGAGAGUUGUGCAAAGCAGCACCCACUGGAGUCCACCAGCCUUACUGUGUGCCUGUGGAAAAUGCUGCUCCUGCCAUGUCAGCUUCCCCAUCUCUCCUGACCGUGUGUACUCUACCUCUGGCCUCCCCCCUGUCAGCAGAACAUCAGGACCAACCUGACUUGAUGAAAAUCCCUCUGAGUACCAUUGUAAAGAGCUCACCUCCAGGUAACUCCUUUUUGGCAUCUUCCAUCCCAGCCAUUUCAGGCCUUGGCUGCUCAAGCUAUCCCAUGAAGUUCUUGUCCUGGUGGUGGGUGACUACCAAGGCCUUAUUCUUCCCCACCUCAUCACAGCAUGAGUCUCAGCAAGAGCACCUGUCCCAUCACCCAUCUGAGGCCUUAUUCUGGGGAGACCCCACAGACAAACAGAUAGAGACUGGUAGCCCCUCAUUUAUCAACCCUGAUAUCCAGAAGCUGCUGGAGAUAGUGAUCACCAAGAAGGCAGAACUGAAAGUGUGGAAGGAGAGAGAAAGGGAUGUGUCAUUGUCAAAACAAAAGGGCUUAGACAACCACCUAAAGUCUUUGGGGAAUAUAUGGACAUCACUGGGUGCUAAGCAGGACUCCGCAACCCCCCAACCCUUCUGGAGCAUGAAGGACAUAAAAGAGCAGGUGCCCAGUCCUCAGCAGUUCUCACAUCACCAGCUCUUGGAGGACCAUCGACAGCAGAAAUGCAGCCAGCUCUUCUGGGGUCUCCCCUCCUUACACAGUGAGUCUCUGGUGGCUACUGCCUGGGUUGCUAGGAGUUCUUACCCACAGCCUCUUUCAUUUUUAUUCAAUGGCAUGUGUAACCACUGUCCAGCUCCAAUUCAACCUUCAACCUCUUCAGGGCUUUCACGGGCUGCACUUUUGUCUCUCUCUGGGGCCCAACCACAACCUUUGGCUGGAAACUUGCCCCAGUCCCAGACCCCACCUCUGGCUCAAAUCCAGUCCCAGACUCAUCUCAUACGCUCCCACUCAAUCCAACCACCUUCUUCUCUGAUCCAGAUGAGCACUUCUGGGGUAUCUUGCCCUACAUCCCAGAAUAAGGAACAAUAUUUCAUCCCACCUGACAUUCAAUAUCUGGAAUUCAAAAGGGAGCGAGCUUUACUUUCUCUGACCAAAAGAUCUCAGGAAGUCUUUAGCCAACCUACACCCAACCUUCCCCAGAACAGUAGGGCCUCCCAUGGCCACAGAAGAGUUUCUAUUCCUCACAAGGACUUUAUCAGCAAAAGUCUCCAGAAGCAGCAUCUUCAAAAGAGGCUCACCACAAAAAAACAGCAUGGUGGCCUGCACUUCAGGGUCCAGGUAUCUCUGGAAAUGAUGCAGGCUCAGAGCCAAUUCCCAGGAAUGUGUCAUGCACAAGACAAGAAGUGGCCCUUCCAGGACUCACAGAAGAUGGAGUCUAGGUACCAUAGAAGGUCCCAUAGGAAGGACCAACGAGGAAAGGACUUUUGCAGAGAUCUAUGGCAAUGUAUGAGGAGGAUCCCAGAAGUUCUCUCUAGAGACUCGAACACCAUCAUAGUGAAGGUUCUGAAAGUAAAUUCUAAGAAGAAAUCAGAAGGGAACUUGAAGCCACAAAAGAGUGGUGUAGGAACUUGCUUAUACACAGGCCCAGAAAAGAAACACAUAGAAAACAUCUUAAAAGCACAUUUGGAUAGGAAGUUAGAACAGAUUGUCAAAGGUUUGAUCCCUGCGAGUGUGGGUCGAUCUGGGCUUGCUGCCAACCAUGUUUUUCUCAAGUGCCACACUCACAUGGAAACCAGAAAUCAAGUAUCCUUGAAGGGUCAGGAAUAUUACCUAAACACCUCCUGUGAGCUUUCCUUCCUCAGUCCACUCACUCAACAGGUGCUGGAAGCACAUAUGAUAAGGUUUCACGAAAGACAUAGGUGGGGCCAGCCCCACCAGGCCUUUGAGCCCACAAAUCUAAAGCUACACGAGACACAGUAUUUGCCCCUUCCACAAGCCUGCUCCCCCACUUCAUCUGUCUAUGUAUUUGGGGUCCACUUGGAAGACAAGUACACCAAGGUCUUGGGAAAACCUCCUCUGCCCUUUUUAGGAGAAAAGGUGAUAACAAAAAAGUCAUUGCUCACUCCACUAGGUCCCCUUUCCACUACCUCACCUGUGUCUAAGGAAAUUCAGAAGACCCUGGAAGAGAUGCCCUCUGGUGAUGGCCAUGGGCUGUCAGAGACCCCUCUGAAUAGUCAGGAAGGCAGGCCACCUCCUCAUUCCCUCACACUCAGCCUCAUGGGAAAAAUAUGGCAAAUUGGGACUGUCACGGGCAUUGAAAAAAGAAGCCUGAUACCAAAUCCAAGUUCAGCAGUAGCCAGAAAUGAGCCAAGAGAGGGGAGAAGGGCAAUAGUGGAGAUGAACUUAGGGUCCCAAUCUUCAAGGGCUGAAGAGGCCAGGGAGACAUUGGAGGCUGAGGAGACCCCUGCUCGGAAAGUCACUGUGGGACCCAGUGUACUGGCCAAUUCCCAAACCACUAAUAUGGGUAUGAGGAGAUCAGAGUCUCUAGUGCCUGAUAAAAGUUCCUCACUACCUACAAAGUCAGUGGCCCAAGAUCUACAAGAGCCAAGCCUUAAAAAAAACAUUGCUAAUAAGUUUGAGCUUCAAGGAAAGGUAGAGUCAGAGAACCAGCUUCAAGCCCUUGCUGCCAGCUUACUCCUUCAAGACUGUCACACUGAUGUCAUCUUUCAAGACAAUACAACUGGCAUGUGUCUCCAAGACAGUGCCACCAAUGUGCUCCUCCAAGACUUUCACAAUGAUGUACUUCUCGCUGCAGACAUUAUGGCUUCUCAUGGGUCACUUAGGGAAAAUACAAGUGGGGACAUGCUGGUUGCACAGGUGCCAUAUGACCUCAUAUUGAGUGAACAGAGCAGCCAGGGGCAGCAAGAGCCCGGGAUACCAAAACUUAAGGACCCAUUUCUAAGCCAAAGCAAAAUGUUUCUCCCCAUUGAUGGGAGGGAGAAUGAUAGGAGACCCAACCAAAGAGAACAAAAUGAAGGGUUGGAAGAACCAAGGAAUUCACAAGCCAGUAGGAUGAGCAACCCUCCCCAGGUCAGGGGGAUGGGAGACACCCUCGGGAGUAAAUACUUCCAACUCCUGCCAGAGAAAACACAGGUUUUUCUGGAAAACCACUUCAGAAAAAGGCACUCUCCACAGUAUCUUAACCCCAAUAAAAAGGGCAAAGGAUCAGAAGAACCUCUUCGAAAAGGCCAACCUGUCUUAACCAUUUCCCAGAACCAAGAACCAGUUAAAAGCAGACCAGUUCUGGACAAUGCACCUGUUGAAGCUCAGGUGAUAGUGAGAGCAGUUGGACAAAUCCUGGUGGAGAAAUUAGGACUUCACCAAGGACUUCAUGCCAAGGAGUUAAAUCAACACAAACAACAACUUCAGGCCCCAGUAGGUGAGUGUUCCUGCUACCUCAAGUUUCUCUCCUCUUCAAAGCAAAGAAGAGUGAGGAAAGAUAGAUAUGGCCUACAGUCACCAAGCUACCCCCAAGGGCCACAACUGCUCUAA